CUGGCGGGCGGGCGGGAGCCGAGCGCGACCCCGGCUCUCGCUGCAGCGCCGCCUCUUCUCUGCGUCGCAGGCCGGCCGGGCGGCCGUGACAAUGUCGCGGGGCUGGUAGCAGGGCGCCGGCCGCCGAGCCGUCUCAAGUUUAAACUUACACGAAUCGCUUUCUGGAGGAGGAGGGGACCCGCCGCGCGAUUGACACGCAUAUUCGUAUAGGCAUCCUCCCUCAGCCCCCACCCCCACGGCCGGAUUCGGGUGGCUCCUCUCCGAGGUGAAAUCCGAGAAGAAAUCCUUGGAUCUCUUUUCUUAAAAAAAAAAAAAAAAAAAAAAUCUAGAAACCAUCGGUAUUUUGCUUUGCUGCUCCCUGUUCGCAAGAUGAAGAAGUUUUUCGACUCCCGGCGAGAGCAGGGCGGCUCUGGCCUGGGCUCCGGCUCCAGCGGAGGAGGGGGCAGCACCUCGGGCCUGGGCAGUGGCUACAUCGGAAGAGUCUUUGGCAUCGGGCGACAGCAGGUCACAGUGGACGAGGUGUUGGCGGAAGGUGGAUUUGCUAUUGUAUUUCUGGUGAGGACAAGCAAUGGGAUGAAAUGUGCCUUGAAACGCAUGUUUGUCAACAAUGAGCAUGAUCUCCAGGUGUGCAAGAGAGAAAUCCAGAUAAUGAGGGACCUUUCAGGGCACAAGAAUAUUGUGGGUUACAUUGAUUCUAGUAUCAACAACGUGAGUAGCGGUGAUGUAUGGGAAGUGCUCAUUCUGAUGGACUUUUGUAGAGGUGGCCAGGUGGUAAACCUGAUGAACCAGCGCCUGCAAACAGGCUUUACAGAGAAUGAAGUGCUCCAGAUAUUUUGUGAUACCUGUGAAGCUGUUGCCCGCCUGCAUCAGUGCAAAACUCCUAUUAUCCACCGGGACCUGAAGGUUGAAAACAUCCUCUUGCAUGACCGAGGCCACUAUGUCCUGUGUGACUUUGGAAGCGCCACCAACAAAUUCCAGAAUCCACAAACUGAGGGAGUCAAUGCAGUAGAAGAUGAGAUUAAGAAAUACACAACGCUGUCCUAUCGAGCACCAGAAAUGGUCAACCUGUACAGUGGCAAAAUCAUCACUACGAAGGCAGACAUUUGGGCUCUUGGAUGUUUGUUGUAUAAAUUAUGCUACUUCACUUUGCCAUUUGGGGAAAGUCAGGUGGCAAUUUGUGAUGGAAACUUCACAAUUCCUGAUAAUUCUCGAUAUUCUCAAGAUAUGCACUGCCUAAUUAGGUAUAUGUUGGAACCAGACCCUGACAAAAGGCCGGAUAUUUACCAGGUGUCCUACUUCUCAUUUAAGCUACUCAAGAAAGAUUGCCCAAUUCCAAAUGUACAGAACUCUCCCAUUCCUGCAAAGCUUCCUGAACCAGUGAAAGCCAGUGAGGCAGCUGCAAAAAAGACACAGCCAAAGGCCAGACUGACAGAUCCCAUUCCCACCACAGAGACUUCAAUUGCACCCCGCCAGAGGCCUAAAGCUGGGCAGACUCAGCCGAACCCAGGAAUCCUUCCCAUCCAGCCAGCCCUGACACCCCGGAAGAGGGCCACUGUUCAGCCCCCACCUCAGGCUGCAGGAUCCAGCAAUCAGCCUGGCCUUUUAGCCAGUGUUCCCCAACCAAAACCCCAAGCCCCACCCAGCCAGCCUCUGCCACAAACUCAGGCCAAGCAGCCACAGGCUCCUCCCACUCCACAGCAGACGCCUUCUACUCAGGCCCAGGGUCUGCCCGCUCAGGCCCAGGCCACACCCCAGCACCAGCAGCAACUCUUCCUCAAGCAGCAACAGCAGCAACAACAGCCACCGCCGCCACAGCAGCAGCCAGCAGGCACGUUUUACCAGCAGCAGCAGCAGGCCCAGACUCAGCAGUUUCAGGCAGUACAUCCAGCAACCCAGCAACCAGCAAUUGCUCAGUUCCCUGUGGUGUCCCAAGGAGGCUCUCAACAGCAGCUAAUGCAGAAUUUCUACCAGCAGCAGCAGCAGCAACAACAACAACAGCAACAGCAACAGCUGGCCACAGCCCUGCAUCAACAACAGCUGAUGACUCAGCAGGCUGCCUUGCAGCAAAAGCCCACUGUGGCAGCAGGACAGCAGCCCCAGCCACAGCCAGCUGCAGCCCCACAGCCAGCCCCUGCCCAGGAGCCAGCGCAGAUUCAAGCCCCAGUAAGACAACAGCCAAAGGUUCAGACAACCCCACCUCCUGCCGUCCAGGGGCAGAAAGUUGGAUCUCUCACUCCACCCUCAUCCCCCAAAACCCAACGUGCUGGGCACAGGCGUAUUCUCAGUGACGUAACCCACAGUGCAGUCUUUGGGGUCCCUGCCAGCAAAUCAACCCAGCUGCUCCAGGCAGCUGCAGCUGAGGCCAGUCUCAAUAAGUCCAAGUCUGCAACCACCACUCCAUCAGGGUCUCCUCGGACCUCUCAGCAAAACGUUUAUAAUCCUUCAGAAGGGUCUACGUGGAAUCCCUUUGAUGACGAUAAUUUCUCCAAACUCACAGCUGAAGAACUGCUAAACAAGGACUUUGCCAAGCUGGGGGAAGGCAAACAUCCCGAGAAGCUUGGAGGCUCAGCUGAGAGUUUGAUCCCAGGCUUUCAAUCAACCCAAGGUGAUGCUUUUGCUACGACCUCAUUUUCUGCUGGAACUGCUGAAAAAAGGAAGGGUGGGCAGACUGUGGACUCUGGCCUCCCGCUUCUAAGCGUGUCUGAUCCUUUCAUUCCUCUUCAAGUACCUGAUGCACCAGAAAAACUAAUUGAGGGACUCAAAUCUCCUGACACUUCUCUUCUGCUCCCUGACCUCUUGCCUAUGACAGAUCCUUUUGGUAGCACUUCUGAUGCUGUAAUUGAAAAAGCUGAUGUUGCUGUUGAGAGUCUCAUACCAGGACUGGAGCCCCCAGUUCCCCAGCGCCUCCCAUCUCAGACGGAAUCUGUGACCUCGAAUCGCACAGAUUCUCUCACCGGGGAAGAUUCCCUGCUUGAUUGCUCUCUGCUCUCUAACCCUACUACUGACCUUCUGGAAGAGUUUGCCCCCACAGCAAUCUCUGCUCCAGUCCAUAAAGCUGCAGAAGAUAGUAAUCUCAUCUCAGGUUUUGAUGUCCCUGAGGGCUCGGACAAGGUGGCUGAAGAUGAGUUUGACCCUAUUCCUGUAUUGAUAACCAAAAACCCACAAGGUCUCCAGAGAGAGUCCAAUCCCUGUCCUGUAAUAACUGUAGAGCACUUUAAAGAAUCACUGGGCGUUAAAGGCCUUCCGCUGUAUCCAGACCCCUCCAGAGUACCUGGCACAAAGACUCAGAACAACUUAGAAUCUGACUACUUGGCCAGAGAUGGCCCUUCAAGCAACAGCUCAUUCCACAGCAGCGAAGAGGAAGGGACUGACCUUGAAGGAGACAUGCUGGACUGCAGUGGGUCUCGGCCUCUCCUUAUGGAGUCUGAAGAAGAAGAUGAGAGCUGCAGACCCCCCCCGGGGAAGCUGGGAGGAGCCGUUCCAUUCGCUCCACCAGAAGUCUCUCCUGAGCAAGCAAAGACAGUGCAAGGUGGAAGAAAGAACCAGUUUCAAGCCCUCACACAGCCAGCCACUGAUGGGCUCAGUGAGCCAGAUGUUUUUGCCAUAGCUCCCUUCAGGAGCUCAAGGGUUCCAAAUGAUGACAUGGACAUUUUCUCCAAAGCCCCAUUUGUCUCCAAGAGCAGUAUGGCUCCUUCCCAGCCAGAGGAGUCAGACGUGUUUUUGAGAGCUCCUUUCACUAAGAAGAAAAGCAUGGAGGAGUUAACAGUUAUCCAGAGCACCUCCCAGGAGCUGCCUGCACAGACCGGUCUCCUCAGUCAGACAGGUGAUGUCCCCCUGCCCGCGGGCCGUGAGAGAGCUGUGUACACCUCUGUCCAAGCUCAGUAUUCCACAGCUGGUUUUGUGCAACAGUCUAACCUCCUGUCCCAUUCUGUACAAGCAGCAGACCAUCUGGACAGCAUCUCUCCCAGGGGAUCCUGCCUGGAAUCUGGGGGUCAUUCUAAUGACAGAAACAAAGGACAUCAGCUCCAGAAAGAAGCUGUCUCAGGCCCCAUGGCUGGCAAACCAUUCCGCCCCCAGUCCUUAUCCAAGUAUUCCCGUCACUAUAGCCCAGAAGACGAGCCAAGUCCAGAAGCCCAGCCCAUUGCUGCCUACAAAAUUGUUUCACAAACCAACAAGCAGUCGAUAGCUGGGUCUGUUUCUAUCACAUCCGUUUCCUCCAGGACUACGGAGCUGCCAGCUGCUGAUCCAUUUGCUUUAGCACCCUUCCCUUCAAAAUCAGGCAAGAAACCCUAGGAGCAAAACCUGAGCCUCAAGCCUCUUGUCUCUAUCCCACCCUCAAUACCCGCCACGGCACUCCCAGCUGAGCCUUCUGAAGAAGAAAUAUUAUCAGUUCUUAUAUUUCAAUUCCCUGCGUCAGAGCAGAAUUAUCUUGAGUCAACAAACUCAGUUGCAGUGAUAUUUAGUUGAAGCCCCUUUAAGUUAUGUUCGUUUUUUUGUUGUUUGUUUGUUUGUUUGUUUAUAUUGAUUUCUGGACUUGGAGGCAUUUUCAUCUCCUUCACAGAGGUCAUCCACUUCCACCAAGAACUCUGCUUUCCCCCUGCCCCACCCACAGAAACUGUUUAAAUCCUGAAAUACUUCUUCACCCCAAACCCAAAGGGGCCCUAUUGUUGCUAGUUUUAAUUCCUGUAGCUCCUGUUCUAAGUCAUGCCCAUCGAAGAAUCAAGAUUAGUCCCUCCACUAAAUCAAGAUUUAGUACUCUUGAAAAGGGGAGAUGUCUGGAAAGAAGAGCAAGAUAAAAACCCUGCACAUCAACAGGAAGUAUAAUCCUGCAGUUACUAAUCAUUCCUGUAGAAGCAGCAGCUCUAGGAGUCUCCAGAUCUGUUUCUCAGUCUGUGUGCAAGCCAGGCUGGCUCUCGUGCAUGACUGUCUGCGGGUGUGGAAUGUACGUCAGAGCCUAUGUAGAGAUACAGGCAGAUGGGCUAACUCCUCAUGUCUAGUCAUGCUGGCAGGGCUUUCCCCACAUCCAUGCUUUUGAAAUUAGUGUGAGUGUACAGGUUUGUGUGUGCAUGUAUACAUGUGUGUGCACAGGAAGCAUUUCCACUUGAGGGAAAUCCUGCCCCAUCAUGCCUACCUCCACAGUGAAAUCACUCGUUUUUUGGUGUUUGCUCGCCUAACUGACUUGAACCCCAUUUUAUUUAUUUAGUUUUUUUCUCAUGGCAAAGUAGAAUACGUUGGAAGGUGUAGGGAAAUCCUGCUGGAAGUGAUGUUUCAGAGUAAAUUUUUUUUCUCUCCGGAAUUUCUUGUUUUGCUAUUAACAAAUUAUAUUUACCUGAUUAUGAAAAAUUAAUUUUCCUUAUACAUUUUCCCCUUACAACACUAGAAAAGAGCACCUUGUUACAGUUCCGGCCUCUGAGUAUGUGGGCUAAAUGCCAGCAUUAGGGAAUUCAUUAAUCAUGAGACUAGGCUACAAACUAGGCUUGCUUGUUUUGGGGUUGUUUUGUUGUUGUUGUUGUUGUUGUUGUUGUUGUUUCCAAAUCUCUACUGCCCUUUGAGGAAAUGUAAAUCUGAGACAUGGAAAUAAGUGUUUGGGAGAAUGGAAAAGAGCUGAAUCAGGUAGGCAUGAAAACUUUUACAUUCUCUAUCCUCUUUAGAUGUUGAAAUAGGCCAGACAGGUUAACUGAUGUUUUUUAAAGUUGUCUUUUAUUUCUGGAAAGAUCUGACUUAUUCCUAGCUUUUUUCAUACCCUUUAUUAUUAGUGCCUUAAAAUAAAGCUGGCCAGGUGCAGUGCCACACACCUGUAAUACCAGCAUUUUGGAAGGCUGAGGCGGGAGGAUCAGUUGAGCCCAGGAAGUUCAAGACCAACUCUGGCAACACAGCGAGACCCUGUCCCUUCAAAAAAUAAAUAAAUAAAUAGGCUGGGCAUGGUGGCUCACACCUGUAAUCCCAGCACUUUGGGAGGCCAAGGUGGGCAGAUCACAAGGUCAGGAGUUUGAGACCAGCCUGGCCAACAUGGUGAAACCCCAUCUCUACUAAAAAUACAAAAAAUUAGCUGGACAUGGUGGUGCACACCUGUAGUCCCAGCUACUCAGGAGGCCGAGGCAGGAGAAUCGCUUGAACCCCGGAGGCAGAGGUUGCAGUGAGCAGAGAUUGCGCCACUGCACUCCGGCCUGGGCGACAGAGCGAGUCUAAAAAAUAAAAUUAAAUAAAAUAAUGAAAAAAAUUAGCUGGGUAUGGUGACAUAUGCCUGUAGCUACUCAGGAGGCUGAGCUGGAAGGAUCACUUGAGCCCAGGAGUUUGAGGCUGCAGUGAGUUGUGAGUCCAGCCUGGGUGACAGAGUGAGACCCUGUCUCCAAAAAUAUAAUAAUAAAAAUAAAGCCUGUAUCUCAAUGGGAAGAUUUCUGCUAAGGCAGUUCAACUCACUGGAAAGAACUGCUGCGUUAGGUUUCAACUUUAAUGCUUUCUGUUACUUCUAGUAAAGGUUAAAUAGUAAAGAGCUAUUUACCAAACCAGAUCAAUGAUUUAAAAAUUAUUGGAAAUUCAUCUAAGAAUCAAGUCUGAAUGCCCAAUUCUAUUGCGGUUGAUUAGGUGUGAUAUUCUUUAAAGUUCAGGAAUAUUGGCAGUAGAAAAUGAGCAGCUACUUUUCAACACUUUGUCCUUUUUUGGUGGUCUCUGCCUAUUUCAAAUGUCCUGAUCAAAAGAUAAAUAAUUGGCACUGUGCCAAGGUUUGGUUUUCCAACUAAGGUCUCAAUUGUGCCAGAAACCUAUGUCCUUCACUUUGGUGGAUGCUAAAUGUUAUUCUAAGAAUAUGCUUUUUCCCAAUUCUCCUUUCUGAUUUUUAUGUAUUAGUGGAUGCAAAAUUGUCUUUCUAGUUGAAUGAAUAAUUUCGGCUAAUGCAUGUGGAACUUUGCACCCCAGAUUCUUCCCAUGGUCAUUAUCAAGUGAAGCCCUCAAAAACAUGAGCGAAGAGCCUAGAAAUAUUCAGGGAGAUUUCUCACCCCAACUCAGAAAUUUUUUUUUUUUUUCAAGACGGCGUCUUGCUCUGUCGCUCAGGCGGGAGUGCGAUGGCGUGAUCUUGGCUCACUGCAACCUCCAUUUUCCGAGUUCAAGCGAUUCUGCCUCAGCCUCCCGAGUAGCUGGGAUUACAGGCACACACCACCGCGCCUGGCUAAUUUUUGUAUUCUUAGUAGAGAUGGGGUUUCACCAUGUUGGCCAGGUUGGUCUUGAACUCUUGACCUUGUGAUCCACCCACCUUGGCUUCCCAAAGUGCUAGGAUUACAGGCGUGAGCCACCGCACCUGGCCCAGAAAUUCUUUUUUUUAAUUAUUAUUAUACUUAAAGUUUUAGGGUACAUGUGCACAAUGUGCAGGUUAGUUACAUAUGUAUACAUGUGCCAUGCUGGUGUGCUGCACCCAUUAACUCGCCAUUUAGCGUUAGGUAUAUCUCCCAAUGCUAUCCCGCCCCCCUCCCCCCACCCCACAACAGUCCCCAGAGUGUGAUGUUCCCCUUCCUGUGUCCAUGUGUUCUCUUUGUUCAGUUCCCACCUAUGAGUGAGAACAUGCGGUGUUUGGUUCAGAAAUUCUUAAAGUAAGAGAUCAUUCUAAUUCCCCUUUCCAAAUAUUCAGGAUUAUCUCUGUAACAGCCCAGCAAAAUGUUUUUCCUUUGGUUAUUUGAUAAUUCCCUUCUAAUCAAGUGACUAUUUUAAUUCUCAAGGUGCAAAUCAGAAUAAAAUCAUGGUGAUUUUACUACCUAGUUGAAUACUUCGUCAAGCAUGAGCUUGUAUCCUUUUUAAAUUUUUCACUGGAGGCCGGGCGCGGUGGCUCACACUUGUAAUCCCAGCACUUUGGGAGGCUGAGGUGGGUGGAUCACUUGAGGUUAGGAGUUUGAGACGAGCCUGGCCAACAUGGUGAAACCCUGUCUCUACUAAAAAUACAAAAAGUAGCUGGGCGUGAUGGCACGCACCUGUAGUCCCAGUUACUAGGGAGGCUGAGGCAGAAUUGCUUGACCCAGGGAGGCAGACUUUGCAGUGAGCCAAGAUUGUGUCAUUGCACUCCAGCCUGGGCGAGAAGAGCAAAACUCCGCCUCAAAAAAAAAAAAAAAAAAAAAAAUUGUCACUGGAGACAUGAUGGGUGGAGACUCUACAUACCUUCUUUGAAUACAGAAACAGAUGCAAACACAUGCGAAUUACUUUUUUUUUUUUUUUUUGGUGAUGCAUGAAAAAACUUUGACUUGUGGAUUACAUUAAUUAUUAGUAACAGUUAGAUUCUGCCUACUUGUAUUACAGUAGGGUCUUAUUUCCUUAAAGAGAAAAGAAAUACAGUCAUGCCCCGCUUAAUGAUGAGGGAGACGAGACAUUCAGAGAAAUGCAUCCUUAGGUGAUUUUGUCAUUGUGUGAACAUCACAGAGUGUACUUAACACAAACCUAGAUGGCACGGCCUACUACCUACCUAGGCUAUAUGGUCCAGCCUGUUGCUCCUGGGCUACAAACCUGUACAGCAUGUUACUGUACUGAAUACUGUAGGCAGUUGUAACACAAUUGUAAGUAUUUCUGUAUCCAAACAUUUUAGACAUAGAAAAGGUACAGUAAAAAUAUGGUAUAAUCUUAUGGGACCAUCAUGGUAUAUGUGGUCCAUCACUGAUGGAAUUGUUUUUAUGCAGCACAUGACUGUAUAUAAUCAACAAACAACUCUACUUUCUUGUUUUCGUUUGUUGUGUUUUUGCUUUACAUAUUUGAUAGGGAACAUAGAAGUGACCUUUCAUUUCAGUGGAAAGCAUUGAGCCAGAAUAUAUUUAUUCAUAAACCAUCGAGCCACACAUGCAUUGAUGAACCCUGAAAGAAUCCACAGUAAUUGACUAACAGGCAGUAUUGAAUGAAAGAUGUCAUAUGUGGUGAAAAAUAUUUAAUGUAUCAGUUUCUUGGGCUCACAUACAGCCCUUUAGUUCCAAGUGCUUGGUUAGAUUAGAAAAUGGGAUGAACACAAUUUGAUGCUGAAGCAGCUGCUGAGCAGCACCCAGGGAGUCUAGGUCAUACGCCCUAUAUUGUUUUCGGCCCACUUAUUAUUGAGUUGAAAAGUCUCAUAUUUGUAGACUAGAGUGUAUGUGUUUACAGGCCCAUGUUGUAUCUGAGUUUUCUCUGGCAACUAAGAUCUCUUUCUAAACGUUCUAGAAAGAUACUGGUAUCUUACUGGCCCAUUAUUUAUUUAGUAAGUUUUAGAAUACAUAUACAUCAGUGUUUUCAACUACUUGGUGGACAUUUCACUGAUGCAUAAUGAAAGUAGCAGAUUAUAAUCAUCAGAGUGAUCUGACAAGGAAAUUCUGUAUUUGCUUCCAUAAAGAAAAAUAAUCAAAACAUAUAUCAGAUAUAAUAUAUAUGCAGUAUAUCACAUAGGAAAUUUUAUUGUAGGAAAUUAGAGAAGGAUGCUACUCAAUUCAUUCUCUAGCAGGAAGAAUACAGCUUAAAAAUCACUUGGGUCCCUUUAAUAAAGAAAAGUGUGAUUCUGUGUUGUGUGUUUGGAACUGAAAUUGGAGAACACGUACCAGUCAACUGUGAAAUGGUUGCUGGAUAAAACCACAGAUGUGGUUUUAUCCGAGAAAUGUGGGACUGAAAUUAUUUUGAUGAGAGGUACAUAAGAGAGCUGCAGAAAAGACUGUAGCUUCUGAGGAGGCAGGAGUACCUUGUUAAUAUCCAAACCACCCCUGAGUUCUAAUGUUCCAACUCCACCUAAACGAGGAAUUGGAAACUUUAAAUGGAAUUAUCUAAUUUAAAUUCUUAGUUUUUUCUUUGUCUUUCUCAGCUGAUACUUGUAGUUUUGUUUUGUUUUUUAACCACCAAGAACACUUGCAAGUUUCUUACUGAAAACAUCACUAAAGGAAAAGAAGAGUUUCAAAAUGCUUGAAAAGAAAAAGUAGUAUGUGGUUGGGAAUUGUUUUUGUUCAAGUCCCUGGAAGUCCUCUUGGCUUAGCUCCCUUGUUCCUGUUCCCACUUCAUUUCCUUACUUAACAUUCCCCUAUUUUGAGCAUGUCAAUAAGUGCAUGAUGAAUGGCACAGUUGAAUAAUCAUGUUAACUUUAAUUGCUUCCUUUGUUGCUGUAAACAGUUUCUUGUUAAGUUUCAGCCAAGUCUGUGACAAUCUCACCAAAUAAGAAUGAAAUGGGCGGGGUGUGGUGGCUCACACUUGGAAUCCCAGCACUCUGGGAGGCUGAGGUGGGCAGAUCACUUGAGCUCAUGAGUUUAAGACCAACCUGGGCAACAUGGCAAAACCUUGUCUCUACAAAAAAUACAAAAAUUAGCCAGGCAUGGUGGUGCACACCUGUAGUCCCAGCUACUUGGGAGGCUUAGGUGUGAGGAUGGCUUGAGCACGGGAGGCAGAGGUUGCACUAAGCCAAGAUCGUGUCACUGCACUCCAGCCCAGGCAAUAGAGCCAGACCCUGUCUCAAAAAAACAAAACAAACAAACAAAACAUGAAUGAAUGAAAUGGCUCACCUUCCCUAUUAUGAACUUGAAGGAAGGUUGGCAGGACCCCAGCCUUACUCUGUAGUGACAACCCAGAGGUACCUUUCCCAGAAUGCAGGGUCAAGUUUAUGUGUGAAGGGACUCUAGAAUAGCUGGUAAAAAUGGCUACAUGUUAACCAUUCUUGACUUAGUCCAGUAUUCCCAUAAUUUGUAAUUCCAUAAAUUUAUUCUCAGCUGUCUCCCAGCCAUUUCUAAUAGAAGGAUGUGUACCCCAGUUUUGACAAUGUUCUUGAAAUCAAGUUAGUGUUACCUGCAUUGCAUUAUAAUGGAACUAUAUGUACAUGUUAAAGGGAUCCGUUUGAUUCCUUUUGGCAAGGAAUUGCAAAAAUAGUUUUUACCAAUACCAGUUAAAAUAGGAUAGGUUAGACUUUGGGGGCAGGGUGAGACAGUGCAGCCUUUUCACUCUGAAAUGGCAAAUCAGCUGUACUCUUUUGAGUCUACCAGAGAUUCCUAUUUGAGUGUGAAUGGGGUGUGUGUGUCUGUGUGUCUGUGUGUGUGCUCAUUCAUCUUCAUGCUUUCUUCCAUGGUGUUAAUUCAGGCUCUCCUAAUAAAGGUAUCCAAAGAGUACUGAGAAGUGACCAUAGGUAUUUGGCAUGAGUAAAUGUAGUUCCUUUUGCCAGAAACUCUCAAAAGUUACAACUGGAGUUCUUCGCGAUAAAAGGUUGGGGAAAUCGGCCAUGGCUUUAGCCUUGUUCCCAAGUACACAUCUUCUUAUCCACAAGGAUGAAACUCUGUAGGGCUCACCCUGAGGGCUCAUGUGUGGCAUUGAGAGGGUAGCAGUGACCAGAACACCACAAGGCCCACAAGAUGUUUUGAAUGAGGGAACAUUUAAUGUCAUUUGUUAGGAGAUAGAAACCAAAUAAUAAAGGACAAGGACCACGCUCAUUCCGUGGAGAAGAGGUGAACUCCCUCUGCUGACUAUUUGGAAUGGACUGAAUGAGGAGGUCUCCCCAGCCAGAAGGAGUAUUGAGGUCAUCAGGCCUCAGAAAACAAUGUACACAUAAUCUCGGGCUGUGAACAAGAGAAAGGAGGGGGGGAAACAUGAAAGUCAAUCUUAACAAUUUUUGCAAUACCUCUUAUUUGCAGACCAUUGGAUUUAUGUUAUUGCACUCUCGGUGUGAUUUAUCAUAUGUAUCUGAUAGGUUUUAUGAAUUGUUUUGAGUUGUAAACUCCUAUACCCUUUAUUAAAAUGGACCUAAUUAAGUGA